CAGGCGAGGAGGUAUUACCCCUUUUCCGCCUUAACUCUGAAAGCGUAGGGAGGAAAAAGUGUCAGGAGAAACUCGGAAGCGUUCUGCCUAGAGCUCUUAAGUGUUCAGCGUUUGCGUGGGGGCAAGGUCUUUAUCGCUGACUCCUUGGGACCCCAUUCACUCCCAGCCCCGCUUUGUAGGUGGGGAAUGAAAGCCCGGAAUGGGGAGAAGUCUGCUGGGAAGUUAGGGGCUUUGCCCUCAGUGUAACCUACUACUCUCCGCUGAAGGUCCCAAUAGCCAGAGUUGCUUUUUAAGAUGUGAAUAAAAAUUGAACCUCUUCACAGUAAUUUUAAGGAACUCCAUUUCAUGUCUAGAGAUGAUCCUCAAGUUUCUGUCAACCAUCAGAUCCAGAGCUUCCGGAAGUCAGAAGCCAUAUUGGGAAGCAGAACACCUGGGUUCUACUCCUGAUGCUGUCCCUUGUGACUGGAGUGAACAUGUAUUUUUGUAAUAAAAGAAAAAAAUAUGAACGGCGUUAUUUUUACGAGGGCCCCUUGAAUUCUGAAAUUAAAGGAUCGUUGACAUCUAAAGCUGGGAAACACUUUGAUGCAGAUUCUGAAAUCGGGCCCCAUAAGUGCCAGACCCGUAAUGUACACGCGGAAGCAGGCUGAAUGCCACAGCUGCGAGAUCCACCAGCCAGACCCACAGAAGCCCAGCUUGGCACGAAACCCUUCUUGACCCCGUUUUGCCACAGACUUCCCUGGGAAGGCCAGCUUGAGCCUCUCUACGGGGGUAGCCAGUGGGAUUGGAGCCAUGGGCGAGGUGACGGCGGAGCAGGUGGAGAAGUUCCUGGACUCGAAUAUCAUGUUUGCCAAACAGUGCUACAACCACCGCUACCGGGCCAAGGUCAUCUCAGAGCUGCUGGGGGCCAAGGAGGCAGCCGUGGACUUCAGCAACUACCACUCGCUGAGCAGUGUGGAGGAGAGUGAAGUCAUCUUCGACCUCCUGCGGGACUUCCAGGAGAAUUUGCAGGCGGAGAGAUGCAUCUUCAACGUCAUGAAGAAGCUGAGCUUCCUUCUGCGGGCAGACCGCAUGAGCCUGUUCAUGUACAGGGUCCGAAAUGGCAUCGCAGAGCUAGCCACCCGGCUCUUCAACGUCCACAAGGAUGCUGUUCUUGAGGAAUGCCUGGUGGUGCCCGACUCCGAGAUUGUGUUCCCCCUGGACAUGGGCGUCGUGGGUCACGUCGCACACUCUAAAAAGAUCGCCAAUGUCCUCAACACAGAAGAGGAUGAGCAUUUCUGUGACUUCGUGGACACCCUCACAGAGUACCAGACCAAGAACAUCUUGGCUUCCCCCAUAAUGAAUGGGAAGGAUGUGGUGGCCAUAAUCAUGGCUGUGAACAAAGUGGACGGGCCCCACUUCACCAAGACAGAUGAAGAGAUUCUUCUCAAGUACCUCAAUUUUGCAAAUCUAAUCAUGAAGGUAUACCACCUGAGUUAUCUGCACAACUGUGAGACUCGGCGUGGCCAGAUACUGCUGUGGUCUGGGAGCAAAGUCUUUGAAGAGCUUACGGACAUCGAGAGGCAGUUCCACAAAGCCCUGUACACUGUCCGAGCCUUCCUCAACUGUGACAGAUAUUCUGUGGGGCUCUUAGACAUGACCAAGCAGAAGGAAUUUUUUGAUAUCUGGCCAGUCCUGAUGGGGGAGGCUCCACCCUAUUCUGGUCCCAGGACUCCGGAUGGAAGGGAAAUCAACUUUUACAAGGUCAUUGACUACAUCCUACAUGGCAAAGAAGACAUCAAAGUAAUCCCGAAUCCACCUCCUGAUCAUUGGGCUUUAGUAAGUGGUCUGCCCACUUAUGUUGCCCAGAAUGGCCUGAUUUGCAACAUCAUGAAUGCGCCUGCCGAGGACUUUUUUGCAUUCCAGAAAGAGCCUCUGGAUGAGUCCGGAUGGAUGAUUAAGAACGUCCUUUCUAUGCCAAUUGUGAACAAGAAGGAAGAAAUUGUUGGGGUGGCCACGUUUUACAACCGCAAAGAUGGGAAGCCCUUUGAUGAGAUGGACGAGACCCUCAUGGAAUCUUUGGCUCAAUUCCUGGGCUGGUCCGUCUUAAACCCUGACACCUAUGAGUCAAUGAACAGACUUGAAAACAGGAAGGAUAUUUUCCAGGACAUGGUAAAAUACCAUGUGAAGUGUGACAACGAAGAAAUCCAGAAAAUCCUGAAAACCAGAGAGGUGUACGGAAAGGAGCCGUGGGAAUGCGAGGAAGAGGAACUCGCUGAGAUCCUGCAAGGAGAGCUGCCAGACGCAGAGAAAUAUGAAAUCAAUAAGUUCCACUUUAGUGAUCUGCCCCUCACGGAACUGGAGCUGGUGAAGUGUGGGAUACAGAUGUACUAUGAGCUCAAAGUGGUGGAUAAAUUUCACAUUCCUCAGGAGGCGCUGGUGCGGUUCAUGUACUCUCUGAGCAAGGGCUACCGCAGGAUCACCUACCACAACUGGCGGCACGGCUUCAACGUGGGGCAGACCAUGUUCUCCCUGCUGGUGACUGGAAAGCUGAAGCGAUACUUCACGGACCUAGAGGCCUUGGCCAUGGUCACCGCUGCCUUCUGCCAUGACAUUGACCACAGAGGCACCAACAACCUUUACCAGAUGAAAUCCCAAAACCCACUGGCCAAGCUCCAUGGGUCCUCCAUCUUGGAAAGACACCACCUGGAGUUCGGCAAGACAUUGCUAAGAGAUGAGAGCCUGAAUAUCUUUCAAAACCUCAAUCGCAGACAGCACGAGCACGCAAUCCACAUGAUGGACAUAGCCAUCAUUGCCACAGACCUCGCCCUGUAUUUCAAGAAGAGGACAAUGUUCCAAAAGAUCGUGGAUCAGUCUAAGACAUAUGAAACCCAACAGGAGUGGACGCAGUACAUGAUGCUGGAGCAGACACGGAAGGAAAUUGUUAUGGCCAUGAUGAUGACCGCCUGUGAUCUCUCAGCCAUCACCAAGCCCUGGGAGGUGCAGAGUAAGGUAGCCCUGCUGGUUGCUGCCGAAUUCUGGGAACAAGGUGACCUGGAGCGCACGGUGCUGCAACAGAACCCCAUUCCCAUGAUGGACAGAAACAAGGCGGAUGAACUCCCCAAGCUUCAGGUCGGCUUCAUUGACUUUGUUUGCACCUUUGUCUACAAGGAAGGAGGCAUCCUGUUUUCCCACCUCCCCGGAGUUUCUGGGGAUCAAAGGAGAUAAAGCACUUCACAAGCUGUAACAUGCUGUGCUCAGAGGCGUUAUGUUUGUUCCUGAAGUUAAGUGGUUUAAGAAUCCCCUUCACAAAUCCCAGUUUCUCUCAGCAAGGGUUUCGUGGUGUCUUUAUGGCCCAGACCCUGUACUGGGGCAGGGCCACCCCAGUAAACAAGGCACCUGCUGUCCCUGCCCUCUCCAAGGCCACAGCCUCUGGGGGACACAGGCAAAGGGAGUCGUUACAAUGAAGUGAGACGUGGGAGAGGCUUUGGGAGCUUCCAGUAGAGGACUCUACUUACCCAGAGGGCUCAAAAUGGUGAAGGGGAGAGGGCCGCAGCUCUGGAGGGGUUCAGAACGGUGUGAAGAAGUGUGCACUUCGUCCUGAAGGACAGGGGCGGCCACAGGAGGGUUUGUAAGCGGGAGAAGCAUGGGCAGGCUCGCAAACCUCUGGGCGCCGGGAAGCCCUCGGCCCCAGGCUGCUGGUUCCCGCGGUGGGCGUUCUCAGCCGUGCCUCUCCCUGGCACUGGGCCCUGGGGCGUGGUCCCUGCACCGGAGGGGUGCAGGAAUUCUUUCUUCCAGGAAUUCUCCCGUUUCCACGAGGAGAUCACUCCCAUGCUCGAUGGAAUCAACCACAACCGCAAGGAGUGGAAGGCUCUCGCCGACGAGUACGAUGCCAAGAUGCAGGCCCUGGAGGAGGAGAAGCAAAAGCAGCAGGCAGCCA